GUGACAAGCAAAAAGGAAACUCCCUACUCCUCCAGCAAGGAGAGGGAUGCAACGCAGGGGGUUGGAAUAGAUGAGCCUGGUGGGUCCCUUUCCAACUCCACGAUGCUGUCAUUCUAAGUUUCACUCCCCGAUUCCGAUCCUCCGAAUAUUUUUGUGGGCGGGGCCCUCUGGGAGAGGCGGCGCGGUUUGGCCACUAUUCAGGCCCGAGCUCAGUUGCGCGCAAGAGGUGCUCAGCCAGCUGGAGGAAAGUUGAACCGGAGUUGAGCAGGGAGGGAGCAAGGAUGCCGACGAUGCUGUGCUGCUGGGGGAACGGCUCCUUCGGGCAGCUGGGGCUGGGCGAGGACGGGGUCUCGGAGCCGCUGCCUUUCCGGCGGGCCCCCGAAGCCCCCGGCGGGCCAGAGGUGGUGCUGGUGGCCUGCGGGGAGCGGCACUCGCUGCUGCUUCGGGCCGACGGCAGCGUGGCUUCUUGCGGGGACAACGCCCAGGGGCAGCUGGGCAGGAGGCUCCCCCCGGGGCAGCGGCGCGCCCACGUUCCAGGUAGGGACACUACACGAAGGGUCGGCGUGGGGGGCGCGCGCGUCUUUUUCUACCCGAGCGACCAUCUCUAACCCUCUUCUCACUUCGCAGUUUCUAAAUUUGGGAAAUCUCUUUCCAUCACAAAGGGGAGAGAAGGAGGGGAGGCCCCGAUCCUAAGAGAUCACCCGCCCCGUCGAGUGAACGGAGCAUCUUCCUCCUUGCACUUCCUUCCUAAGGAAGCCAGAAAGAAUAUUUUAAAUGCUGCUUUUUGGGGGGGGGUAUUGGUUUGUUUUGCUUUUGUUUUAUUGUCUUGUUUUGCGUUUUCAUUUUGUCACUUUGUGUUUCGAACCGUCCUGUGAUCCUCGGGUGAAGGGCGGUUUAAUAAUAAUAAUAUAUGCAUUGAUGUGAGCUGCCCGUAUAUUCCUGGCCGGGCAUGCAAACAUUGUUGGUGAAAAUGAAAAAAAUGAAGUAGACGUCCCCUGGCAAAGGCAAAAACUUCGCUCCCCCCCCCCCUUUGUUGAGCUGGGAUAUUCGUCCCUCUUUGUGUAUAAUACUGUAUCCUAAGGAUCCUUCCUUCCAACUUUUCCUGUUUGUAGACUGGAAACGCACACACACAAACCUGCGAGGGGGGCAAACAUCUAAAGGAUGUUGUGGGGAAACGCAAGCCAUUCCAUUCCUACCAGGGGACACCCCCGGGGUUGGGGGCUUGAAAUUAAAUAGAAUCCUAGAAUGGCAGAGUCGGAAGGGAUCGCCAAAGACCAUCUAUUCCAACCCCUGGUCCACACCAUCCAAUUUGAACCCAUACCAGACCUUGCUUAGCAAAUGUGCUAGCAGUUUUACCACUGCACCACUCGGCUGCUUCUAAAGUGGUUUGGGGUGGGGGGCUCUUCUUCUCGCCCACCGAGAGAAAAUAUUUCAGCCCUUUCCCCGCCACGUAGGGAUGAGUCACCGCUGUAUCUGAGAGAGCCUUUUAAGUUUCAGUUUCCGCUUCUCAGCCUUGACUCGCAUCCUUCUGUAAGAGCCUCUGGUGAGUAGGCGCGCUUUGCAAAGACACUUUCGGUUUCCUUUCCUCUCUUCUGCGCGCUCUUGCCACCAGCUGGUCUCCCUGUUAUUUGAGAUGAUGAGGGUUUUUUGUCUGCUCCUGGCACUUGUCCAAGCUGAAAUUAGGCUCCCAGAAAAAAACAAAAAAACUAGACGGCUCUGCAAGUGGAGGCUUGAUGACCCUUUGCCAUUUCGCAUCACGCUCUUUUCAGCAAAUAAGUUUCCUGGAAAAUAUUGCUUUCACAAGGAGCGUGGAAGCAGUAAUUAAUCCAAGACUGCCUUUAGAAAAGGAAUGGAACACAUGCAACUACGUACUUGUUGUUGGUCACUGCCUUUCUAUUGUUACGACGCAGGUGUCGCUGUGGGUUAAACCACAGAGCCUAGGACUUGCUGAUCAGAAGGUUGGCGGUUCGAAUCCUCGCGAUGGGGUGAGCUCCCAUUGCUCGGUCCCUGCUCCUGCCAACCUAGCAGUUCGAAAGCACGUCAAAGUGCAAGUAGAUAAAUAGGUACCACUCCAGCGGGAAGGUAAAUAGUGUUUUCGUGCACUGCUCUGGUUUGCCAGAAGCGGCUUAGUCAUGCUGGCCACAUGACCCGGACCGAGCUGUACGUCGGCUCCCUCGGCCAAUAAAGCGAGAUGAGCGCCGCAAUCCCAGAGUCGGUCACAACUGGACCUAAUGGUCAGGGGUUCCUUUACCUUUACCAUCCCUUAGGAAGAGGAAGAUUUCCCUCUCUCUUGUUCUCACCAAAUCUGCACAGCCAGGUUGUUUUCCCCUUCUGUGUUUCAAGUUUUCUUUCUUACCUUCCUGACACACACAUUAUAGAAGCGGAUGGGGUCUCUUUGACCCCAUACCACAUGGGCUAUUACCUGAUUUGUUUCCCUGCACCAAACUGCAGUCUCACUGAACCUGCCAACUUGUGAGAUCACUGAAAGGAAUAAUGUUUUUAACUGCUUUUAGAUGCUUUACACAGGCAUUGUUUUUUAAGAACAUUUUUAGAAUGCUUUUUUUUUCUUUGUUUUCAAAUUGCGCAUCUGUCUAGCAGAAAGAGUGUGCGGGUGUCCUGCUUUCUCAUCCCCCAAAAGUUGGGUAGUAUGUGCUUGGGAGAGUUGACCCAUCAUAUCUAUUCUUUGCAAAAAAAAAUGCCAUUUAUAUAGAUCGUGCAAUAAAUAAUAGAUUUAUAUAUCUUGGAAAGUUGUUUAUUCAUCUGUUUGCUAUUCAUUUGGACACCUGCUAAUUCGUUACUUCUAACUUUGCAGGGUGGUUUCUGAAGUCAAGGAGCAGGAUUUUGUCUAUAUUUGGAUGCAAAUGGAUGCCAUUUUGAUUGAAGAUGGCAGACUGAUCCUUUGAAGACUGCUCUGAUUUUAACCACUUGUUUCAAAACUGCACUGGGGUGGGGGUUUUUUUGGGGGGGGGUGUUCUUAGAAUUGCCAAGCAACACCAGGUAUGAGGCUGCUGGUCAUUUUUUAAAAAUCACAUUGAGUGGCAUGUCCAAAUAUUAAACCAUGGUUUAGCAUUAAUAGAAACAAGCCUGGAGUGUGUGCCCUCCACCUUUUUGAGAUCAAAAUCCUCCACUCUUGCUGUAACUUAUGGCCUUCAAACUUGAGGACCUAUGGUUUGUUCUAACUAUAAUCACCCAAAAUAAACCAAGAUCAAACCGUGGGUAUCUUGACUCACAAAUGGGGGAGUUCAUGAACCCAAGUAAUCACCAUUUACCUUUCUAGACGGUUUAAAUAUGUCAAUGACCCCUCUGGCUACACAAAUGAAUGUUCUUUUUUAUGUGUCCAUCUCUGAAAGAGCAAAUCCAAGCACUGGAAACACAAACCAUUGUCCACAUAAGUUGUGGGAAGGAGCACUCACUGGCCGUUUGCAACAAUGGAAGAGUUUUCUCGUGGGGAGCUGGAGCUUUUGGACAGCUGGGCACCGGAGAAUUAAAAGAGCGUCUGAUUCCAAAGUAAGCAGCUAAUAAUACUCUCGGCGCUUGCCAAAACAGAGUUGUGUUGUAAAUGUGGGAAUACAGCCGUAACUCGGUUGACAAACGCCUUGUGAGUCGAAUGUUUUGGCUCCCAAACUCCGCAAACCCGGAAGUUAGUAUUCUGGUUUGCAAACGUUCUUUGGAACCUGAACGUCCAGCUUGGAAGGCGUGCCUUGGUUUCUGAAUGAUUUGGAAGUCGAACGGACUUCCGGAACGGAUUCCGUUCGACUUCCAAGGUCCAACUGUACUGACUUCAUCCAGGGAAAGGGGAGUUCAAAUCUCCUUUCACCUAUGCUUUCUCCUGACAGCCUUGGGAGGUUUUUUCUCCUCUGCCUCAGAUCUGGGCUGUACUUGCCUCUUCAAAAUCUGCUCACCUUUCCUUACCUAGAAAUGCUAGGAAUUGUGAACCUGGGACCUUCUGCAUGCAAACCAUGGGUGCUGCUAUCAAACUAUAUGGCUUUCCUUUCUUGCAGAUAAGAAAAAACUGAGAAAGCUGCUUGUAGUCAAAAUCCUGGGGAAGGAAAUGCUUCUCCCUGGCUGAUUGCUUGCUUAGCACAGCUGCCUUUAAACUUUGUUUCAGUUUUGUAAUAGUCACUGUUACUUCUCCUUCUUACCUUUUGCUUGUUAUUUUCUUUAAGAAUACAUAUUACUGCUGUAGGCUGACCCUGGUGUUCUGGUUAAAAGCUAAAGAGAACGACUGCUUCAAUGAGUCAUCUGCAUUUCUGGAAAUUUAUCAUAACAUUCAGUUAUAAUCAUUGAUUUAAAAUAGCAAUGAUUUAUUUUGUCAUCGGCACAUUAGCAACUUGCUGGUUGUCUUUUUUUUAAUGCUUUAAAAAUAGUUUACCAUUAUUUGCCAGACCAAUUGACCACCGCCCCUUUUUUUUUAAAAAAGAAAACAACAUCAACCUGUUUAAAUGCCUAAACCCCCAUUCUAAAAGUGUCAAUCACAAUAAGACUGCUUCCCCUAAACAUGUUUAAUAAAUAACCCUAAUUACUAUAUAACCCUAAGCAUGUUGACUUCAUAAAUUUAUUCUGUCUCAGUACUUUUUUCUGAAUUGUAAAAUCUAAACUUUUCUUUCCAUAACUUUUACAGGAAGGUGGAUGGUUUGUCUAAAUACAAAAUAAUACAAGUUGCUUGUGGGAACUAUCACUCAAUAGCCCUGGCGAAAGGUAACCAUUCACUUCAAACUUUGCCCCAUUUCUAUGAUUUGCUUCAAAUGCUUGGUUGUAAUAAUAGAGUCUCAAAAUGUCAUAGAAUCAUAGAAUUGUAGAGUUGGAAGGGACCCUGAGGAUCAUCCAGUCCACCCUCCUGUCCCAUAUGGGAAUUCGAACCUGCAACCUUGGAGUUAUCAGCACCAUGCUCUAACCAAUAGAGCUAUGGCUUCAAUGGAAUCUUAGGCAGGCCUUAAUCCCAGAGUAUGGAACUGGCCCUGACUAGUGGGCAAAAGGGUUACUUCCCCGACCCUUUGUGGGUGGAGCUCGAUAGGUGGGUGGAGCCUCCCACCUAUCAUUCACAUGACACCACAAUGACGUCAGGUGACCCUUUCCUCCUCUUUCAUAUUGCUGUCUUGCCCAGUGCUUUGCAUAGGGCGUUGCAGGCACCUAUUUUCCCCUGCCCCAAACCUGAUGUAGUAUAGGUGGGUUGGCAUGGCUGAAAUGGCCUUUUGUGGGGCCAAGUGGGGACGCUUGGGGGGACUAGUCAGGCCCACAGACCAGAGAUAUCUCAACUCCAGCUUUAGCCCAAAGGGAGGUGAAGGAUUGUCAAGGUUGGGAAAAGCUGCUCUGGAAUAGACCCUGAAAUCCUCUGGUGUUUCCAGGGGCUCUUCAGCAGGCAGCUUGGUGUGAAAAUGGUACCCUUGACGAAGAAAGGUUUGCAGGUCUUUCCAGCUUGUGAGGAGACUGUCAUGUAAAUACGUGAUCUGUUUUCUUCCUCCUCUUCUUCCUCAAAUGAAGAUGGCAGAGUUUUCUCAUGGGGGCAGAACACGCACGGCCAGCUUGGUCUUGGUAAAGAAGUCACGAACCAGGCUGGGCCACAGCAAAUUUCUGCUCUUGACGGCAUCCCGUUGGCUCAAGUGGCUGCUGGCGGGUCACAGAGUUUUGCCCUGUCCCUUUCCGGAGUUGUGUACGGAUGGGGAAAGAACAACGCACACCAGCUGGGAUUGAGUCAGGCCGACCCCAAAGGUAAGCAUGGCCUUUAAAAUCAUGUUUACUUGAUGACCAGCUCUUGGUUGCUUCCACUUGCUGGUUGUGUAAUGGUUGCCCAAGGAAGCGAGGACUAUUGAGGUGGAAAACUAAGUGGAAGUGGUUUUGAUGAUUCCACAACAUCCUUCAGAGCAUAAACAAGUUAGGGUGCUUCAAGAUGGUUGUGGAAUAGGUGCUCCUCAUGCAUGCAAGGCUCCCCUUUCUCCAGUGUCCACACAAUGUUGUUGGCAUCACAAGAUAAGCCAUAGUUUUCCUCAAUUAAUCUAGAUUCUCCCAAUUCUGGUUGAGAGAACCUGUUAGCAACAACUCCCUUGUGAUAUUAAGCCCCUAUACGGAAGCUUCCUUUAAAAUUAGUGUUCAGACCACUUCACCAGACCUUUAAAUAUGACAUCUGUCCUAUAUAGUUAUGUCUUUGUUUGAGGCCCUGUUUUUUCACUUAAAAAACAAAACAAAAGCAUAUUAAGUUUUUUAAAUAAAAAGACUUCCAAAAUUUGCUGUUCUGGCUCUGAUCUAGCCUAAAGUGGUGAUGGUUCCCUUGAUAGGAAGUGAAUUUGAAAUCUGACCAGAAAGUAGCAUAAUGACAGUUUUUGAAAAAUAUUGGACAUAACAAUGCAUUUCAUUAUGAUAAGCAAAUAUGCCUCUCCAACAGAGCAAAUCUUCAAACCGCACUCAAUAGCUGCUCUGAGGAAACUUGAUGUGAUUUACGUCAGCUGUGGAGAUGAACAUACUGCUGUGCUCACUCAGGUUGGUACAUCCCAAACCUUUUGAUGUCGACUAGCACCAGAUUGUGCCUGAAAGUGAGGGAACAGCCCUUACCUAGAGAUACCUGGGGUUGACUCUUAAACCUUCUGCAUGCUGUACUGCUGAGCUAUAGUCCCUUCAUAGCAGAUAAUUUACAAAAGCAGUGUGUGGGGUUGCAAGAGGAAUGAGAAAUUUGAACCGUCUUAUUUUCUUGGAACUGGAAACGUGCAAUAGGCAUUAUUAACAAGAGUGAUAAUAGUUUAAUGCUAGAACUCUGCUUUGCCAAAAACUCUCAAUAGAAUGGCAGUGUAUUCACAUUUGGAGAUGACAGCGCUGGACAACUCGGGCGUAGUUCUUCAGCCCUAAAGACUGGCCCCGAAAAACUUGACUCAGUUGAGGGUCCAGUUUCUCAUCUGGUGUGUGGAAGGUAUGUACCAUAGCUUUACUCAUAUGUAAAUUUGGUCUUACAGGGGACACGGGUGGUGCUGUGGUCUAUACCACUGAGCCUAGGGCUUGCUGAUCAGAAGGUCAGCAGUUCGAAUCCCUGCGAUGGGGUGAGCUCCCGUUGCUCAGUCCCAGCUCCUGCCAACAUAGCAGUUCGAAGGCACGCCAAAAAGUGCAAGUAGAUAAAUAGGUACCACUCUGGCGGGAAGGUAAAUGGCAUUUCUGUGUGCUGCUCUGGUUUCGGUGUCCUGUUGCGCCAGAAGCGGCUUAGUCACGGUGACCACAUGACCCGGAAAAACUGUCUGCGGACAAACACUGGUUCCCUCGGCCUGUAAAGCAAGAUGAGUGCUACAACCCCAGAGUCAUCUGCAACUGGACUUAACUGUCAGGGGUCCUUUACCUUUACCUUUUUUAACGUUGGUCUUGGUCCUGACAUCAUGCAAUACCUGCUUGCUGUCUAUUGACACUUCUGCUGUGUCUGCAUAUGUUUCAGGAAGUGGGGCAAGCUAGUAGACUGCCAUGAGGGUGUCGGAGCUGGUGAACGCAGCUCAUUUCCUGCUUACACCGAUUCACCCUACAGAAUUUCAUCUGGAUGGGGGUGUUUUGUGAAAGUGAAGUGGCACAUCAGCGAAAUUGUAAAGCACAGAUCAUGGGGAAUCUGUGUCUCUGCAGAUGCUGUUAGACUACAGUUCUCGUCAUUGCUGACCAUUAACAUGCUGGCUAACCAGCUCUGGAGGGCUACAGGUUCCCCAUCCCUGCUGUAAUGGGACAUGGAAAUCCUGGCAAGCAAAAAACCACACUUGUCAAAAUCCAUUGGUAUGAUGGAAAACGAGCAAGGUCUCAACUAAAGAAGAAUGGCAACUUAAGCUGAUAGAAUAUGCGCAGCUUGCAGACUUGUAGAAUAAGACAACAUAUGUUUAGAGAAGACUGGAAAAUGUUUAUUGAAUAUAUGAGGGGAAAUUAUGUACUCUUGAAAACGUUGGCAGCAUUAAGAUAAAUUCAACAGGGUAAAUAAGUUUUGAUAGACGUAAAAUGAAAUACUGAAUGGUUUAGUUUAUGUAAAAUAUGCAGGGAUUUAUGGUAUGCAUAAUGAACCAUGGAAAGAGAAGAAGGGGAUGUUUAAAUGAGUAUUCUGAAUUGUAAAACAGAAAAUUAUAUCCAUUGCUAUGAGCUGACAUAGCAUUUUACAAUUACCUUUCUGUACACUUUAUUUUUACGUACACUGCUUAGAAAUGCUAAUGACUGAGCGGGACAUGAAUGUCUUAAAUAAUACAAAGGGUCAUUUAACUGAUACAACAGAAACAAGAGCUUCACUAUUGGACCUCAAGUCAUGUUCUGUAAGGUGCAUCACAGAUUAAACUUACACUUUUCUCCCCUCAAACAGCUAUCACACGGUUUGUAUCUCUGCUUCUGGGCAACUGAUAUCUUUUGGACGUGGACCCCAGCAGCAGCACAAUGGAAGCGGACCGUCUUCUAGCAAAAGCGACGGGAGACGAUGUUUUAACAUCAGUGCUCUGGUUUCUCCUAAUGGUACAUCUUUUCUCUUUCAAAAAUUAAAUUAAUUGAUCCACCUGCGUUUCUGAAAAUUGUACAAAAGACUUGUACACCAUAGAAAAUAAAAACAGCAACAAUGUUUGGAAAAGUAACUGGCUCUGUGAAGACUACGAACAUACUCUUCAUUAUUAUAAUGUAUAUUUAAUACUGAAUCUACUGUGGUCUGUAUCCUGUAUCAGGGAUGUGGAAUCUGUGUGCUUGUGGAUGUCGUUGGACUCCAUUUCCCAUCAGCCCCAGCCAGCCUGACCAAUUGGCAGGGAGCUGUAGUCCAGCAGUAUCUGCAGGGUCCUGGGUUCCCAAUCCCUUUCUUUCUGACCCAGGAGCCACCUACCCACAGAACUGUCUCCCCCAGAUUCAAACUCAGUUUAUUGGUCGUCCACCGCUGCAUUAAGGUACUGACUCAGGGCUUGCACAGCUUCUCCUGAUUAAAUAGUCUUCUAUGGACACCCCAAAAUGGUCCCUGUAGAAUUUGCUUUGAUGAUCCCAGGAGAAGAGGGAAGGGAAAGUACCAGGAAAAGAAGCCCAGUUAACAUGGGUUGAGCACUUAGGGCUGAUCCGCUUUCAUGUUCAUUGCAGAAUUGCUGGGUGUCCGAGUAAAACGGAUUUUUGCUGGCCCAUACGUCACCUUUGCCACAGUGCUUCGGACGCAGGUAGAUGGCUCACCUUUUCUGUAUAUUCUGUGGACUUUGGGGUGUUUUCUAAAGGAUGGGGGCACAGCCAUAAAUAGCUUGUUCAUGUCGGCUUUCAACAAGCCUUCUCAAUGGAGGUUUUUUAUCCCAGUGGAUAUCUGCAUUGGAUCCGAUUUGAUUUUAUGUAUGUACAGUAGAACCUUGGUUUUCGAGUGUCUUGGAAGCCGAAUGAUUUGGAACCCGAAUGCCGAAAACCUGGAAGUUGAAUGCUUCCGUUUGUGAACGCGCCUCAGAACGGCUUCUGAGGCGCAUUCCUCCAUUUUCUCCCAUCAAAAUUGCUGUCCGCCUAUUGUGCCUUGGUUGUCGAACGUUUCGGAAGUCAAACGAUCUUCUGGAAUGGAUUACGUUCGACAACUGAGUUUCCACUGUACUGUUGUUCUCUUGAGCUCUCUUUCUGUGUGUGUUUUGAGUUUUUAAAUAUAUUUAUAGAGCUGUUUAUAUAUGUUUUUAUUCUAUUGCAAAGCACUUCAAGAUGGCUUAUAGGAAGCAAUGCAUAGAAAAAUAAAAUAAUGCAGCAGCAUACUUCUAGCUUUGGCAAACUGCUAAUAAUAACUUUAGUAAUAACUAAAGAUAAUGAGGCUGAAACUCUUGAGUUCAAACCACAUCUUGGGCCUGAACUCACUACAUUGUGGCUUGCCUAAGGUCUUCAGCCUUUUCCUCUUUCUCUGCUUCUACAUUCCUCUCCCUGACCCCAGGUGCAGUAUGGGAAGAAUAAUUCUGAGCUUCCUAACCAGGCUGUUUAUAAGGAUUGCUGAGAUAAUUCUAUCUGGAGUAUAUUGAAACCUAUAGAUACACUUGUACAUUCUGCAUGGCAUUUUGUGAAUUGUCCCAGUAUUCAGCUGUAACCGUGAACUGUAGCUGUAGCUAUUUCUUAACUAUAGAUAAGUUUUCACCAGCUGAUUUUUUAAACCAGACUUCCUCAAACUCGGCCCUCCAGAUGUUUUGAGACUACAAUUCCCAUCAUCCCUGACCACUGGUCCUGCUAGCUAGGGAUCAUGGGAGUUGUAGGCCAAAAACAUCUGGAGGGCCAAGUUUGAGGAAGCCUGUUUUAAACUAUUUGGACCAAAUUUGAGCGGCCCGUACCUCAUCCCAAACCUAUGCACUGCUUCUGGACUAAACAUCAGGAAGAACUUUCUGAUGGUGGGAGCUGUUCAACAGUGGAACAGACUCCCUCAGAAGGGGGGGGACUAUCCUUCAUUGGGGGGUUAUGGGCAGAGGUUGAAGGGCCAUCUGCCUUGUUGAGAUUCCUGCGUUGCAGGGGGUUGCUCUAAAUGACUCUUGUGGUGGUGGUGGGAGGUGUCCCUUCCAACUCUACAAUUCUGUGAUGAUGAUCUCUGUCCUUGGUGGCUUUCUGUUAUCAAUGAUUAGCCAUGUGACACCGAGGGAUACUCUUUGACAUGACAUCUUGUAUUGUAUGUGGCGUGUUUUUGUUUCAAAGGAUUCUGCGUAUGCAAAUACACCCACCUCUAUGGAAACCUUGCCAAAGAUUAGCCUGAUGGACAGGGCACUGAUGGAGAAGUGGUUGUUGGCAACAGCGGAAAGUGUGACACGGCAGACGGCCAAAAGGUUGCAGUCUAUAUUUUCUUUUCCUUUAACAGGAGGAAAAACAGAGCAUAAAGUUCAAUCCUGUUUUUAUCAGGCUUUACAACUAAAACAUCAUAGGAGAACCACUGUAGACAGUUCUGUUCUCUGUCAAUAUGGCACUCUUAAUUCUAUUAUUGCAAUGAUCCUUCCCAAAAUGCUGGACAGAUUUACAAUUUAUUACACAAGCAUAAUAAUAAUAAUAAUAAUAAUAAUAAUUUUAUUAUUCAUACCCUGCCCAUCUGGCUGGGGCUCCCCGGCCAAUUUCAAAGACGGUUCUUUAGUAAACCAGUUGCCAUGUUUACUGCAGGUCUGUGGUUCCCCAACUUUCCCCAUCACGGACCACUUGAAGAUUGCUGAGGGUCUCAGGAGACUACUUAAAUAUUUUUCUGCCUGUUGUCGCAGUGCACCGUGCUCAAUGCUGUCUUAUUUUUUAUUUCUUAUGGCAAUUAUAUCUUGUUGCAUUACAACUUGGAAUGCCAUAGGCUGUGAAUCAGUAAGAUACAAUACAGAAAGUAAAAGAAGCAAUUAAAAAUGCAAUUAAAAAUCAAUGUGAAUAUAUAUAUAAUGCAAUGGAAUCCACAUGAAUCCACAGACACACCUGAAUGACACUCAUGGACCCCUGGUGGUCUGUAGUCCACAGUUUGGGAACCCCUGCUGCAGACAAUUAAUUUUAUGAUGAGUCUUGCUUGGGUGUUGGUAACUGGAUGUUCCCUUGCUUCUGUUUAUGACAGCAUAAACUGUGGCCCUCCUGAUGUUGCUAGACUACAACUCCCAUCAACACCAACCAUUGACCAUGAUGUUUGAGACUAAUGUAAUUUGGGAGGCCAACAACCUAUGGAGAACUGCAGGUUCCCCAUCCCAGACUUAAACUCUAUUUAGAAUGCAAUCCUAAACAUACUUCCUGGGACCUGCUUCCAAAAACAAAGGAUUAAUAUGUUAAUAUGGAACUCUUCAUAAUCCAAAAGUAUUAACAUUGCAAUUACUAGGGCUCCUGUAAGCUGGAUUUUAAACUAUUUCUAAAUGAUCCACCGGUACCCCCAGACAGAGUGUUUACAUCAGUAUGAAAUCCAACACGCCUGUAACCAGGCUGACUUGUUGCUGGUUUUUAAAAUUGGUUUUCUUCUCCUUUUUCUGCAGAGAAAUUGAAGCAAUAUUUUCUUCCUCUCCUUGUUUAGCAGCAAGUUUUCUGAAACCACGGUAAGUAGCCUUCACUGCAUGGGAUGAAACAUGCAGAAGACGCCCGGAAGUUUUGUUAGGAAAUUAUUUUGAUUUUCUUAUAUAGUCAUACCUCGGGUUAGAGAUGCUUCGGAUUGCGCGUUUUCGGGUUGCGCACCAUGCUGAACCCGGAAGUGCCAGAACAGGUUACUUCCGGGUUUUGGCGCAUGUGCAGAAGCACUAAAUUGUGCUUUGCGCAUGCACAGAAUCUCAACCCGUGUGUGCACAGAUGCGGUGCUGCGGGUUGCGAACGCUGUGGGUUGCGAACGUGCCUCUCACACGGAUCACGUUCACAACCCGAGCAUCCACUGUACAGUGGUACCUCGGGUUAAGAACUUAAUUCAUUCUGGAGGUCCGUUCUUAACCUGAAACUGUUCUUUGCUGGAGGUACCACUUUAGCUAAUGGGGCCUCGCGCCGCCACCGCGCGAUUUCUGUUCUCACCCUGAAGCAAAGUUCUUAACCCGAGGUACUAUUUCUGGGUUAGUGGAGUCUGUAACUGGAAGCAUCUGUAACCCGAGGUACCACUGUAUAAGGUGUCAAAAUGGUAACUUUACCCCCAGAUCUGCCAUGGAGACUGGCUGCUGCGUAGCAGUGGAUCUUCAAAAAGCGAGAGAAAUGCUUGAGGAACUUGCUACAAGGGACUGGAUUGCUGGCAGGGUAAGGGAGGAAAGACCCCUUUUUCCUAGUGUCAACAUUUGGGUGUGAGUGGUCCUCCUCCCCCCCCCCCCGUGGCGAGACUGGUUCCCAUGGAGACUUGUAGGGCAGAAGGUGAAGAGGCCGACAGUAUGUGGAGACAGAGCCAACCAUUUCAAAGUUUGUCUCCAUCCUUCUUCUCCCUCUUUGAGUUCUAUAAGGAGCAACACUGGGACCGAGGAGCAACUGACUGGCAGUGCCACCCCUUAGGCUGAUUUUCCUUAGGCUUGUAAUCUCUGAUGGAUUUCAAAGAGCAUGUGCACAAUGGGUGAUAACAUGCGCUCUGUUCUGGAUGCAAGCGCCUUUUUUGGGGAGGGGGUGCUGUUCAUAUGAUAUCACCCCCCGUCCCUCUUGUCAGUCUAAAGCAGCUGGAACGGUUAUGAUCCAGUUUGUGCUGAGAAUGCACUUCUCAAUGGCUUGCUGCAUACGUGUGUACACUGAGAGUGCCUUCUCAGGUCUACUGACAUUGCAGUGCAGUGACUUAGUUGCCUCUAAAUCUAAUCUAAUCAACCGCUAAUCAACGCAACAGUUUCAAACCCCCCUCAUUCGAAAGAGAGAGAGUAUUAAAAAUACCACGUAAGGACUCGGCUACAUUGGUAAAGAAACAGCAAUUUGAAUGCGCUAUAAACAUGCAACACCAGAUGGUGCUGGAGAGCAGGAAAUUUCAAAAUGUGGUUUUCCGUAGAGAUUUUUUUCCUUUUGUUAUAACAAGCUAAUUUCUGACUUACUUAUAGUGUGUGCCCCGCCCCGUGUCUAGAUCCACCUUAAGUGAGGGGAAGAGAGAUCACCGUUGCACACUAGUUUGAAAACAUGCCCGCCUCUGUGUACAGACAUCAAGGAUGUUAGUACACAACGGUGUGUACAAUUACAAACAGCUACGUGCAAAAGUGCCGUGUGCAUUACAGUUGUACACAGCUUUGGCUUCUGUUGGGUUGUUUUGCUGCUGCCCUUUGAACUGUCUAGCCCUACAGAUGUCAGAGCCAAUAGGAAGGCCUUAGCAGUGUGCUCCAAUUCCUACAUUAACUUUACAAAAGUAAAGCUAAAAAGAAGCUAACUGUAAGGGGGUAGGAGCGGGUGUUUGCAAUCCAUACCCAGUUAAACACACUGCUUUUCUUUCUUUUUUUGCAAAAUCGGUUGUAGAUCUUUUCUUCUUUGCUGGACAACCUGAUUCCUGCCCUUCCACUGAAUUCUCCUCACCAGGAGGCUCUCUCCAGCUUCCUCCUGCUGCCCGAGUGCUGUGCAGCGCUGGAAGCCCCGAAGAUGCACCAUUUGGCUAUUCCCUUUGCAAAGGCUGUCAAUGGCCUGAGCAAACGCUCUUUGGAUAUUCUAGGUAAUUGGAGGGUUGGUUUCCUCUCCCCCCCCUCCCCGUCACAUGAAACCGCAGUUUAGUGUGAUAUCAGUAUGUGGUCACGAUGUGAGCCUGGAUUUCCAAAAUGUGACGUCCCAUAGGUUUGGAACAGGCUAGAGGUAAAAAUAGGCUCCUAGGAAGUCCUUAGUGCAGCAGUUCUUCUUGCUUAGGUAGUGUCAGGGUACUGCCAUCGGAACAGGGUAAGGAAGCAGAGGGGCAGUUGGGUUACAGGGAACCUCCGAAAAUCUUGCGAAGCAGUUCCUCUUCCUGUGGUGAGGAAAGCCAUACCUCCAGCGGGGAAGAGGGAAAGGGACCAGAGGAUGCUGCUCUGGGAGCCUCAGCACUGCUCCUGGCCAAGCCAGCCAGGAGGGAAGCACGCCUCUUCCAUCGCCCAUCUUGCGCAGAGGUGUAAAAUGCAAAAAAGGAAGGAAAAGGCUGGGGGUGACGAAGCUCUUAUGCUGAGGGAAGACCUGGAAAUGACCACUCCUGGAUUCCCCUAGCGACUGAGGCAGACAUGACCUUGUGGCUCUGCACUGUAAAUAGUUUUGCACCAAAAUAAAACCUGUGAAAGACAGGUCGGAGUCCUGACUGGUUACUCACGAGCAACCACCAUUGCCAUCUGACAGGUAGAUAUGACAACUGUUGGAAGUAUGCUCACGAAAGGCUAGAUUCUUGAAGGGACUCAAACCUAAGCAGUUCUUUUCGCGGGGUAUGCAUGCGUCCUAAGAAGUAACAUAUAUUUGAAGCCCCUGCAAUUAGCAAUUCUGCAAAGAAAUUUUGGACUCUUGUGACCUGUCUAAAUCUUGCAGAUUUGCUCAGGGUACAUUUGCUCCCAUUUUGCAUUGAUCAGCUUAACUCUAUUUUGCAAUUCAUCCUUGGUUUGCUUGCCAUGGGGCGGUUCAGAUAGUUUUGCUGAGAGCUGAACUCCCAUGUCCAGCUGCUGCAAGUCUUGCUUGGCCAACUCCUAGCUUCUGAGAUUUUGGUUGGCGUUGCUGCCUGCACAAUGCCACUCGUUAAAAACUUGCAGUGUCUUUACAAUCAAAGCGCUGAUUCCCAGGAACCAUGAAUCUGUCUUCUCUCGGGCUUCCAUAGAAUGAUAGCAAACACAGUCCUGCCUGUCUUGGAAGCCAAGUUGACAUCGUUCCACUGUCCUUGCACAGAACUUGGUGUGGAUAAUGGAAUUCUAUAAGAUUAGUGCUUUACUUGAGGAAUGGAGAUGGGAGUUUCUAGGUUCAUGACGGUCGGAAGUGAAACUUGCACGUGAGUUGGUGUGCCUGAUGAAAUGGGGUCAGCUUCAGUUUUGAGGCAAAAUGCCCUCGAGGAGACCCCAGUGUUGCCCCACCCCCAAAGAUUUCUAGAUAUUUUGAUGAGAAGCAGAAUGCUAAGUGUGGUGCAGUGAUUAGUGUGUCAGUCUUGGACCUGGGAGGCCAGAGUUCAAAUGCCCACUCAGACAUGAAGCUCACUAGGUGACCUUGGGCCUGUCAGCAUGCAGAGGGCCGGUAGGCCAGCUGGUUAGCCCCGGCUGGGCCGUCUCCUUCCAGCCAUCCCACUGCGAAGACCAUCACCUCUGCUCCGAUGUAAAUCAGCGACCCGGGCUUCUGAGCCAGGGCACACUAUCAGCAGAUCAAACUGCUCACACAGAAUAGGCGUGAGGCUUGUGGAAGCAUACUACAACUACAGAUUUAUUAAGCAUAAAUCAGGACAAAGAAACAUGUCGUCUCUCUCUCAUGUCAUGGUGCUGACCUUUAAAGCCCUAAACGGCCUCGGUCCUGUAUACCUGAAGGAGCGUCUCCACCCCCAUCGUUCAGCCCGGACACUGGGAUCCAGUGCCGAGGGCCUUCUGGCGGUUCCCUCACUGCGAGAAGUGAGGUUACAGGGAACCAGGCAGAGGGUCUUCUCGGUAGUGGCACCCGCCCUGUGGAAUGCCCUCCCAUCAGAUGUGAAGGAAAUAAGUACCUAUCUUAUCUUUAAAAGACAUCUGAAGGCAGCCCUGUUUAGGGAAGUUUUUAAUAUUUAAUGCUGUAUUGUUUUUAACACUUGAUUGGAAGCUGCCCAGAGUGGCUGGGGAAACUCAGCCAGAUGGGCGGGGUAUAAAUAAUAAAUUAUUAUUAUCUCAGAGAGAACAGCAAAAGCAAAAACUAUACACACAACGGAAGUUCCCAGCAUACUGUGCUGGAAUGUGAACAGAUAUGUGACACGUAACAAUCCCAUGUCUGUUCCUUAAGGUGGAAUGGAAAUGUCGACAGGGCCUGCACUGCCUCUCAGCCUAACCAACCUCAGGUAAUCUGAUGCACUUUAAAUAAGAAGUUUGUUGCAGCAGGACAACAAGCAGAAGAAAACAGGACUGCUUGUGUGGGGAAAUAUUCCUAUCUGAAUAGUGAGCUGUGGGGAAGUAGAAUAAGAUUUGCAUGUUCUUUUUCUUCUUUCAGAAAAAUGUUGGUCCUUCUUGCCAGCCUCGCAUUUAGACCGAAUAGUUCAGAUGCUAAAGAAAGUGGUGCUCUCUCAGCUGCCCUGUUACCCAUACUACCCUGCCUGCCAGGUGUUGUUACCUCUCCUGGAAGUCCUGAAAAAGCUUUACAAGGUAGGCAACAUCUUGUAAAUGUGGGCUGAUGAUCUGGUAGCUAUCGUAUUUUUCGCUCUAUAGGAUGCACUUUUCCCCCUCCAAAAAUUAAGGGGAAAUGUGUGUGUGUCCUAUGGAGCGAAUGCAGGCUCCUUGGUUUCAGGGAUAGCAACGCGAAGCCUCCAGAGCGCGGAGGGAGCGCUUGGGUUCCUUUUGCUGAAGCCGGGAGAGCAAGACUCUCCUGUCUUCAGCAGAGAGGGAGAGCUGCGCAGCGCCCCCUCAGCCAAACGGGAGGAGAAAUGGAAGGGGCACCUUGUUCUCCCCCUCUAAAACAAGGUGUGUCCUACGGUCGGGUGCAUCCUAUUGAGCGAAAAAUAUGGUAUUUCUAGGUGUAAAAUCAUAUGGACCUCAACCUUCUUCUGCUUGUCCUUCAAGGUCAACAAGAGGGCUAACUGCAAGCUCCCGCUAAGCAACUUCUACAUUGAUGAAAUCCGUCAAAUAAUUAAUCCCUUUGCAGAUUUGGCAAGGUGGCAUGUAUGGGUGGAAGCCAUGGUAAGUAUGAUUGCUUUGUGUCAAAAAGCUAAGAAAUGCCAAGCUCGUGUAUCUUGCACAAAUUUGAUAAGGGUGUGAGAAAUGCUUCUGCAUAUCUUAAAUGAGAGCAUGUGCUCAGUCCUGUGUUUCUUGUUGAAGAUCGUAGGUAGCAGGACUUGGGACAAGAUUUCUGCAUGUCUUUCAGAGAGGCUGCCAGUCAGAAUAUAUUAUGGUAGAUUUAGAUAGCCAGUGUGGUACCCCUUCAGCUUCUAUGUGCCCUGGCCAGCAUAGUCAAUAGGCUGCACUAACCUCUGACUAAGAGGAACCCAAACUGACUCAUCCUUUCUCCAGUUUAAGACAGUUCUUGGAAUGCAGUAGUUUGGUUUAGUAAAGUUCGCUGAAUUAGUUCAAAACUGUUUGAACUACACCCAAAAGUAGUUCCCCUAGUUGCCGGAUAAACCUAAUGUGAAUUUAUUUCAUUUUGGGUUAGAACGUUGAAUUAUUUCUAGUUCACCUUCAAAUGCAAUCGCUUACAUGUGUUUUUUGCUCUUAAAAUCUUGGGGUCUAAGCUUAAAGAUCAUUGGGAAAACUAAACAAUUCUCAUUCCAGUGUGCAUGUUUUGAUGUUUUAUUAGUCUGAACUUUAUUUUACAUAGCAGUAUAUGUGAAAUUACAUAUACAGCAGCUUGUCACAUUCUGAGGAUCCUUUGGAUGAAUUGAACUGAACGUGAGCUGAACUAGUUUGUUUUGUAAAGGGCAGAACACAAACUGAAGUUGGCUCCUAUUUAGAUUUUUGUCCCUUAUUCAAAGUGAACUUUCCAAAGUGAAGAAGUUACCUUGUUUGAGUUAGCUGUUCACACGUUAAUAAACAGCAUCCAUUGUGGAAGGGUAGCCAUUUUGUAUGAGCGAAAUCAACGUUUGAAUCACACAGGGAUGAAAGCAUUUGAGAAUUGUGGUAAUGGCUGCCAUAUGGCAAAUGACACCAUCUUUAUUCUUGCCACAGAAAAGUGUAUGUGAGAGAGUCAAAGUUGGGUGGAGACCAAAGACUGCUGGAAAAGGGAGUAUGUUUGUUUGUAUGAACCCAUUCUUUUAAACAACAUUCUUUCUUUGCAAGAAAUUGGGCAAAGAGGACAACUGUCCCAUCUCUUUGUGCUGCUUUCCUUUUGUCUACAAUCCGCUGACGAAGAUGGAAAUAUUUGAUUACGAGUCUUAUAACCUGCAAGAGGUAAGGGUGAUACCUAAAUGACUGUUAACCCAGCCUUGCUGUUCUACUAUUUCUUGUGAGAUGAAAGGCUACGGUGAAUUUGGUUCUUAUUUUCCCACUCGUCUUAGUGUGCAGGAGUCUCUGCAUGCAGAGACGGGUGCAUAAUGGAGGAGCAGAAUUGUGUUUGCUCUUCCAGGCCAUUAGCUAUGUGGAAGUGACUCUUGCAUAGGACAGGGAUGGGGAACCGUGUCCGAGGGAGGGCAGUAUAUAAAUUUAAUAAAUAAAAAAAUGUAUGUUUGUCUCUUCCCUCAUCCCUCCAGCUCAUCAUUUAACCGUUUUGUGCAGUCGCAACUGGAUUUUAAAAAAUAUAACCUCCCACUCUUCUCUCUCAUUGGAAUUAUUUCUCAUUAUGCCUUUCAUUCUUUCAGGGCCUCCUGCCUGCCUUGAGUUCCUUUCCCCAUUAGUAUACUUAGCAAUUUGUUAUGUACUGAAGUUCUCACCCUAGGCCAGCAGGGGGAUACUGUAGAUAGUUAUGCAAAUAAGGGAUUGAAAGUGACGUUCAGUGAUUGGAUAGUUUUAGAAAAUUGUUACAGUUACGUUGUACUGGAGCUCUAUAUAAGCAGGCUGACUGAACCCUUCAGUUCAGUUCUGUUCUGGCCUCUGAAUAAACAAGAGCUGUUUGAAGAAUCGGUAUGUCAUCUGAUAUGUUCACCCACAACUUAACACAGUGAAUGCCUACCUAGCGUCUCUGAAGCACUUAUUAAAUAUGUGCCGCUUUCCGCAGAUUGUAAAGGCCAAUGCUUGUGAUACAUUGGUACGCAAUCGGCUCCUGAGAAAAGGCGAACUCCCUAAACUGCCUGUCUUCCCUUUGAGGGUACGACGCAAGAACCUCGUGGAAGAUACGUUGCGCAAACUGAGUCAAGUAGAGGACAUUAGCCUGAAAAUGCAACUCUUGGUAAGCUGUAUAAGGCCUGCUAAAGUACUGCAUAGUCAUGUUGUUCAGGGCUAAACUCUGGAACUAGGUGAAACGACCUCAAUGACUAGGUCUGGAUUGAGUCACCUGGGGAUAUUCCGAUAAGGAAAGACAAUCUCAAUAUAAAAUAGCAUGUUACUCAGCUCUGGACAAAUUUGAAGCACAUUCUUUGGUGAGGUUUGUUUGUUUUGUUUGCUUUUUUUUUUUUUUACAUGUGUGACGUCAUUUUCUUGGGUGCUGCCUAUUUCCAUUUCCACCACUCUGGGCAGCUUUUAACAGAAUAUUAAAAUACAAUAGGCAAUUAAACAUUAAAAGUUUCCCUAAAGAGGGCUGCCUUCAGAUGUCUUCUAAAAGUCUGGUAGUUGUUGUUCUCUUUGACAUCUGGUGGGAGGGCGUUCCACAGGGCGGGUGCCACUACCGAGAAGGCCCUCUGUCUGGUUCCCUGUAACUUGGCUUCUCGCAGUGAAGAAACCGCCAGAAGGCCCUCAGAGCAGGACCUCAGUGUCCAGGCAGAACGAUGGGGGUGCAGACACUCCUUCAGGUAUACUGGACCGUGGCCGUUUAGGGCUUUAAAGGUCAGCAUCAACACUUUGAAUUGUGCUCAGAAAUGUACUGGGAGCCAAUGUAGGUCUUUCAAGACCGGUGUUAUGUUGUCUCGGCGGCCGCUCCCAGUCACCAGUCUAGCUGCCGCGUUCUGGAUUAGUUGUAGCUUCUGGGUCACCUUCAAAGGUAGCCCCACAUAGAACGCAUUGCAGUAGUCCAAGCAAGAGAUAACCAGAGCAUGCACCACUCGCAAGACAGUGCGCGGGCAGGUAGGGUCGCAACCUGCAUACCAGAUGGAGCUGGUAAACAGCUGCCCUGGACACAGAAUUGACCUGCGCCUCCAUGGACAGCUGUGAGUCCAGAAUGACUCACAGGCUGCACACCUGGUCCUUCAGGGGCACAGUUGCCCCAUUCAGGACCAGGGAGCCUCCACACCUGCCCACCUCCUGUCCCCCAAAAACAGUGCUUCUGUCUUGUCAGGAUUCAACCUCAAUCUGUUUCCUACAGCCCCAAAUAUAUACCAUCUUAUAUCUCUCCCAUGCACAGACUCCUGAACAGGGCCUCAAAAAAAGGGGCCCCUAACAAUUAAAGAUUGGGUGGCCUAGUAAAUGUGCUUUUCCUAUUUUCUGUUCUCUCCUUUUGUGAGGUUAAUAUGGUUGGUUUUUAUUUUUGCCUUGUAGAUUGAAUUUGAAGGCGAGAUGCCUGGUCACGAAACCGGAGGGGUCUUGUUUGAGUUCUUUUCCUAUGUGUUUGAGGAGAUGGUGCAGCCAGACUAUGGGAUGUUUAUGUGCUGUGAGCAAAACUCCCCCAUAUGGUUUCCUUCUAGGGUAAGUAUUUCAGACAGAGGACCUGGUCCAAACAAACAUCUAGGUCAGACGUAGGUGACACCCCCCCGCCCCCUUUUUUAAGCCAGUGGGCACAUUCCCUUCUGAUGUCCACAUGCCACAGGUGCGUGGGGCCAGAAGUGAAAGUAGACAUAACCCAAAUGAAAUUUUUAUUGCUUUUCUACAGUAGGGCUGUGUACAUACAGUGGUACAUUGGCUCUCAAAUGGCUUAGUUGCUGAACAAAUCAGAACACAAACGCUGCAAACCCGGAAGUAAUUGUUCUGGUUUGUGAACAUUUUUUGGAAGCUGAACAUCCGACGCGGCUUCUGCUUGAGUGCAGGAAGCUCCUGCAGCCAAUCGGAAGCCGCGCCUUGGGUUUCGAACGGUUUCAGGAGUCAAACGGACUCCCGGAACGGAUUAAGUUCGAGAACCAAGGUACCACUGUCCUAUUCCUCUGAAGCAUACUCAAAACACAUUCUUUCCCUCAAAGAAUUCUGGGCACUGUAGUUUGCCCUCACAGAGUUCCAGUGCCCAACAACCCUUAACAAACUACAGUGCCCAGAAUUCUUUGAGGGAAAGAAUGUGCUUUAAAAGUAUGGUGUGUAGUCAGCCCCAAGCUACACUCAUAUCCCCCUCUGUAUCCCCCCAUACAGAGAAAAAAGAGUUCUAGGACACAUUCCAGCCAGGUAAAAAAAACACUCGCAGGAUGUCGCUCUGCCGCUGGCCUUGGUUUGUCCAUAACAGACCAGUUUCCUUCUUAAGGUGCAUCUGCCUUAGAACAUCCAACCCAUUUCUGUGAUCUUGUGUCCUUGCAGCCCUCAGUGGAGAAGAAUAAAUAUCUUUUCUUUGGGAUCCUCCUUGGGCUCUCCAUGUUCAACAGAGUCACUGCCUACGUGCCUUUCCCGCUUGCUGCCUUUAAAAAACUGCUGGGCAAGAAACCUACCCUUGAUGAUCUGAAGGAGCUAAGCCCUGUCUUAGGGAGGUAAGUGGCUUGAAUUCUUCCCACCUUUUCCUGUAGUUUCCAGUUUCUUGUUUUGCUUGGUAGGACCAGGCUGAGUCUCCUAACUCUAGGAUAUUCUAUCCAUUUAAACUUACAAAGGCCGUGUCACAUUCAGCCCCAAGAUUCAGCCUCCACAAGUAAAGGGAACCUCAGUACUGUGAGAUGAUUUUAGGCAAGAGUAAGGAAGUUCUGGCAGCCUAGAUGUUGCUACAUGGCAGGCCCUGACCAUUGGACAUGCUGACCACCAGGAGUUUUGGGAGUCUAGCAAAAUCUGUAGGGAUGCCCCCACCCCUGAUUUGAAACAAAAUGAUGCAAGACAUGGAAGUCACCAAUCAGAUCUUCUCAUAUUUGUCGUUUUGGUUCCCUGCCCCCACUGAGUUCUUACAGUACCUUGGGAAACAGUUUAGGUAGGAGGAAACUGUGUGUGGAAAGGGUUAAAUCCAUCGCCCCACUUGGAGGCACUGCUGCAAUCAAAACAGGGCUUUCCUCCCCACCUAAACCUGGCAUCAGGCUGUUAGAAACCACAUAAGCCACUUAGUUGUCUAACAGGUGCUCAGUUGAGCAUCUUGCCGAUAGACAAGAACUUGCUGCUUCAAAGGAAGGGUUUUCAGGAACAAUUGUACUAGGGCCUCCUAGGAAGAUUGGGACCGCACCAUUUCAGUAACGAAUUUACCACCUCCUGGAGCCAGACAGCCAUCUCUUCCCUGCCAGAUGCAAUGAGCCCAGGAGCAAUGAUAGAUUGAUUGACAUGUGCUUGAUGAGGUAUGUCCAAACACAUGGACAUACACUUGGGGCCCUAAACUGAGAACCAAAGAAGAAAAUAAGACCAGAUGGAUGGGGAAUUUCUGAAACAACAGUGGGAUAUUAGCUCCACCCAAGGCAUGAUGGAGAACAGCAACAACUGGGAAAAGAUAGACAUAGUAUUUUACAAGGACAGGAAGAAACAUCACGGACAGAAUAAUUGCCACACACAGGAAGAACAAGGAUAUAGUUUGAGUGCCUCACCUGUAGUUUUAUAAAUCAUUUAAUGUGUCAAUAUGAAUGUAAGUUGUUAAUAUUGCAGUUGUUGUAUAAGGGAUUGUUAUUUUGACUGGAGUGUAAUUGAAAUUAAUAAGAUUUUGGAAUGCAGAAAUAAAGUAAAUCAUCAAGCCAUCAAUUCUAGCACCCAGGAUGCCACCUAAACUAUAUAAUUUGGUAUCUGAAUGAUUGGUACAGUAUUAGUAAUUGUAUUAUAAUUUGGCAUUGUUACAAUGAGUCUAUUAUUGGAUUAUUGUAAUUGAAAGCUAAUAAAAAUGAUUAUAAAAAGAAAGAAAAUAAGACCAGAUGGGUUGGCCUUUCCCACUCUUUUAACUGUUUGAGUAAGGCUUCUAAAUAUAUGCUGUAGACAUUUUAGGGGUAAAAAUAUAUCCAUUUCUAUUUCCUUUUGUUUUGUUAACAAGGAGUUUGCAGGCAGUUCUUGAUUAUAAGCAUGAUGACUUCGAAACAAGCCAUGAACUGACUUACAGUGUGAGUACCUCAAAAAAAAUAUUCUGUUCUUGUUACAUGGUCGCUGUGUCUCUUUCACCUGAUAAUGUCUAGGAAUCACUUGUCUUUUAAGUUAACAGCAAGCAAGCAACUCCUGAAAUGUGCUUUGUCUCAUUGGCUAAUUUUCUUCUUCUUCACCCUUCUCCAUUAUGGUAAAUUCUGGAGUGCUUCUUCCUGCAAGUGACGGUGGCUCUUUUAACAUUUGAGAAUGUGGCUAAAAUAUGAUAUAAAAGCAACAGUCACACUCAUUUAAAAAAAUCAAAUGGUCCUCCCUAGAAAUAUAGCUGUUUCAACAGAAAUACAGUGGUACCUCGGGUUAAGAACUUAAUUCGUUCUAGAGGUCCGUUCUUAACCCGAAACUGUUCUUAACCUGAGGUACCAUUUUAGUUAAUGGGGCCUCCUGCUGCCACUGAGCGAUUUCUCUUCUUAUCCUGAAGCAAAGUUCUUAACCCAAGGUACUAUUUCUGGGUUAGCGGAGUCUGUAACCUGAAGCGUCUGUAACCUGAAGUGUCUGUAACCCGAGGUACCACUGUAUAGCUAUUUCAACAGGCGUGCUGCUUGUACCUGGUCCAUGAACCCCUAAAAUGACUUUUAAUGACUGCAUCGUUAGCCAAAAGCUGUUCAUAGAAUUCCCUGUAACUUAAAGGUAUUGUAUGAAGCUUAUCAAGUGUUAAGUGACAAAAUUACAGUGUGUGUGUGAGACUUUGUUUUCAGUACCUUUCCUUAAACAUAUAUUUCUAGAUAUCUUGGGACAACGUGGAUGUCGACUUAAUUCCAAACGGCAGUUCGGUCGCUGUGAACAAUUCAAACAAGUAUGUGAUGAUGCCUGAGGAUAUUGGCAGGAAAUGUGUCAGGGCGGGUCUGAGGGCGAUUGGCGGGUGAGGGAUGGGACCACAGCUGGAAUUUGUUUAUUUUGUUAGGACUUUUAAAGACACUAUUGUGUUUUAGAUUCAUAAAACUUCAAAAUGACAUGAUUUUAUUAGUGAGGGCUUUUUUUAAAACCUUUUGACCGUGAACUACUUUGAAGAGGACCUUUGAAAAGCAGCGUGCAGGUUGGACUGUUAUGUUGGUGACAUCUUACCGUAUUUGUCGCUCCUUAAGAUGCACCUGACCAUAAGACGCACCUAGUUUUUAGAGGGGGGAAACAAGAAAAAAAAUAUUCUGAAUCUCAGAAGCCAGAACAGCAAGAGGGAUCGCUGCGCAGUGAAAGCAGCAAUCCCUCUUGCUGUUCUGGCUUCUGGAAUAACUGCUCAGCCUGCAUUCGCUCCAUAAGACGCACACACAUUUCCCCUUACUUUUUAGGAGGGAAAAAGUGAGUCUUAUACAGCAAAAAAUACGGUACAUUUCAGAUAUUCAGUUCGCCCUAUCCCCAAGGGCUCCACGUGUGGAUAACAACAGAUGUUCGUCGAUAUCUGCAAGGGUUCCUUUCCCCAAAAAUCCAAGUCAAAUAAGUGGAAUAUAGAAAAGGAAAGCAGUAGCUAGGCUAAAGGAAGAGACACAAGUGUUUCAAUCUGCAGUUAAAAUAGUCCUAACCAUUUUGAAUUGCAUCCCCUGGUCUGCUGCCAUCUUGAUCAAGGCAUUGUUUCGUUAUGGUGUCUCCCCGGCCAUUCAAAUCUUCUGGGCCACUGGUACAUUUUACAUCACGGUAUAUCCUAGUAGGCCCAGAACAUUAAUUUUUAGGAGUCCCUAAUAUCUCUGUUAAUGAUCCUGGCAAAGGAACUUGUACAUUGCUAUUAAGUGAACAUAUGCAAACAUAGUAUGAUUGAAUAGAGUGCUGGAUUUGGACCAGGAAGACCUAGAUUCAAAUCAGAGUUUGCCUGUAGAUGGAUCUGCGGCCUCCUGGUGGCUGCUAAAGUUUCUAUCUAUCUAUCUAUCUAUCUAUCUAUCUAUCUAUCUACCUAUCUAGGCAGUCAGAUUACCUGCCCACUUAUUAAAUGUUUUACCCUCAUUUCUUCAAGGAAGGAGUUUGUCAACAAGUAUGUGGAUUACGUCUUCAACAAAUCAGUGGAGGGAAUUUUCCAAGAGUUCAAGAGAGGGUUUUACAAAGUCCUCGAUGAACGGAUGGUUGCCUUCUUUGAGCCUCAGGAACUGAUGGAUGUGGCGAUUGGGAACGCAAAUUAUGACUGGGAGUUAUAUGAGAAGGUUGGUGGAGAGGGGUGGGGCGUGUGGAACUACUUGCUAGGCCAUCAUUAUAUUGGGUUUAUUUUAUUUUUUUCAAGCUUCACUUAUUCAUCUUUCUCUUUGUCUGAUUUCAUUUUCCUUCCCCUUUUCUGUGAAGAACACUAUGUACUGGGGGAUAUACAGUGAAACACACCCUACCGUAAGGAUGUUCUGGAAGGUUUUCCACGAACUCACUUUGGCGGACAAAAAAGGCUUUCUGUGUAAGUAUCCCAUUCGCAAGGCCCAACCUUCAAGUGGUCAUUGAUUGAAAGCCCCUCUUUUUCUGGAAAUGAACUGGUGUGAGCCUGUCUUUCAAGCAGUGCGCUUGAAAUCCUGCACUGAAACCUCAAAUGAUUCUCUUAAUUUGUAUAUAGAAACAGCAUUGAUAUUUUCUUUCAUAAUGCAAUGAGCCCUGGGCCAGCAGGGGCCACCCUGGGCCAGCAGGGGGAUACUGUAAAUAGUUUUCACUCAGGUCCACAUAUGCAAAUAAGGGAUUGAAAGUGACGUUCAGUGAUUGGAUAGUUUUAGAAAGUUGUUACAGUUACAUUGUAGUGGAGCUCUAAAUAAGCAGGCUGACUGAACCCUUCAGUUCAGUUCUGUUCUGUUCUGUGAAUAAACAAGAGCUGUUUGAAGAAUCGCUGUGUCGUCUGAUAUGUUCACCCACAACUUAACACUUUUGAUCAAAACUGUACUGGGGAGGAAAGACAACUUGCAAAGCUAGAUUGUAGCAUUAAAAGAUGUUUGGAAUGGUCUGAAUAUUUUCUAUUUGUGCCCUUGCAUUGUCUAAUCCUCCUCCUUGUCGAUUUAGUGUUUGUUUUAGGAAGUGACCGGGUCCCUGUGGUAGGAAUGGACUCCUUGAAGCUAACAAUCCACUCGCAUAAGUCACUUUCAGAAGAACAUAUGCCUGAGGCCCAGAUCUGCUUUCACCUCCUUCUUUUGCCACCUUAUUCAACCACAGGAAAACUGAAGGAGAAACUUCUCCAGGCUAUUGAGAACAAUCGUGGCUUUGGCAAGCAACUCUAACACAGGAACUUGCAAGAUGUGUAGCUUUUGUCUUCAAACGAAGAGAAGUUCGUCUUAUCAGGCAGUCUGCUCACUGGCCUUUUAACUGGCCUUUGGUCAGUUGAUUGACUGAUUUCUCUCUCCCCACACCCACAAUUUAAGAAAAAAUAUUUUAGACCUUAGUAUAGCCUGCUUUUAUUUGUAAUCACGUCCACAGUGGCCUCAUUACUCCAGGGCUAAUUCAUCCACCCAGUUAUUUCCUAAAUUGUUAUUUUCCUGUAGUUUUCCUAUUAUCCCACUUUCAAGGUGCAUUUUAAUGAUUACUUUUAAAGGUACCAUUCCAACAACAGCACGGACAUUUUAAUGUGUGAACAGACAGGCUGGUGCCUCACUCCAUUUGGAGAUGCAGAAUGUUAUCUUUUAUUGUUCUUAUUUAUUUAUAUGUACCAAAAUGUAAGUGAGAACACAGAAUAGAUUCAAAUCAGCACACAUUAUUCUGGAAAGAGUAAUAAAAGCAAAGUAUAUUGGAAUUAUAGACUUUCAGGCAAAACAGACUGUUCUAAACUGUGUGUUUAAUAUUUUACGGUUAAAAACCCUGCUAAAUAAAUUCUUAGCUGCUUAUUGUCUCCUU